UGUGAACGGAGUUAAUGGCUGGGAAUGAGCUUGGUUUUCCGGGGAGGACGCUAAACCCUUAUUCCUAGCAGUAUUGUUUUUGCGGCCGAUAAACUGGGCUAGGUGGGAGAAGGGCUUUGAUUUUAUUUGUGGAGCGCGACGACGGCGGAGGAGUGAUUUCUUCGGCGCUGUUGCUCCAGCGCGCGAGCACGACGGCGGCAGCUGCGAAUUCCUUCCCGGCGCGCAGGAAAUCGCGAUGGAGGAGGCGUCUUGACCUAAUUCGAGGUGCGGCAUUGUUAGGGUUUUUGGGAUUGAUGGAGAGCUCCCAGGCAGCAGGCGCUUCCGCGUUUUAGGCCUCCAGGAAGAAGAAGCUCGAAUGUGGCACACGAGGGAAGUCAAAGCUAGAGCUGCGCGCCACUCAAUUCUAUUGUGGAGAUUUAGGAGAGAUAGAAGAAUGUGUGAGCGGGAACGGUGCAGAUUACAUAGCGAAUUUUAGGACAAAUGCAAUUUAGAUGUUUGAGCAAGAGUCGAUCAUGUACUAUCCGUUUCGCCAUGAUACCAACUUCAAAGAGUCUUCGCUAAACAGCUCCGCCUCGACACUGCUUGACUCUGGGACUUCCGGAAGACCAUUUGCGUCUUCCUUCUCGGGGCAGUCUUCCACCACGCCCGUUUUCAACCACGGAGGAUCGAUACAGGGGUUUAGCAAUGUCCAAGGGAGCUACAACAUGCAAACUCUACCCAGCUCGUUGUCGUCUAGAAACGCAGGUCUCGGUGGUUCCUCGAGUGGAGUACACCAGCCCACCGGAGGACUGCCUAGCGGACGGUUUGCUUCCAGUAAUCUUCCCAUCGGACUCUCACAGUUGUCUCAGAGUAGUCUUCACGGGCAUAACUCUAUGAGCAAUCGUGCCGGACUUAACGUUGUAGGAAACCAUCCUCUUAGUAGUGGUAUGAAUGGAGCUGGCGUCUCGGGUCCAGGGAUGUCACCGAAUACAGUGACUUUGGGUAAUAGGGGGAGCAUGACAGGGUUGGGAGGGGUCCAGAUGGGAGGAGGUUCAGGUCCCAGGGUGCAGGCUUCAGUAGGAAAUAUGGCAGGAGCUGGAGCAGGGAGCAACCUUAACAGGAGUUUGAGCUCGGGUGGUGGUUUAGGAGUACCUAGUCUAAGUUCGUCUCGUAUGAAUUUGGGGCCCAUACCAAGUGGUGGCGGCCUCGGUGGAGGAGGACCGGCGUCGGGAAGAGCCAUGAGUCCCAUGCUUCAGCAGAGCGUCAACACUACUUACAGCCCCUCAGGCGACUUGCUGGCAAUGAUUUCUAGAGCGGUACCCCCUCAAGUUGUGUCAUUGCUUGGAUCCAACUUCUCAACAAAUUCGGGGUCGGGUAUGCAGGGGCAAAUGGCAUCCGCAAAUGGUCAGCUCGGAAAUCUGGGCUUGGGAAGUGAUGGUAACCAGAAUGACGGCGCCGCGUUCGAUAUCAACGACUUCCCCGUUUUAAGUAACCGGCAGAGUUCAGGUGGUGGUCUCCAAAAUCCUCUAGCCGCAUUCCGAAAACAAGGCGUCAACUCGCUUGGCCAACAAAAUCAGGAGUUUAGCAUACAAAACGAAGAUUUCCCCGCCUUACCUGGUUUCAAAGGUGGCAAUGGAGACUUGACGUCCGAAAUGCAUCACAAGGAGCGUCAACAUGAGAACUCGAUGGGUUUGAUGCCGCCGCAGCAUUUCGGGAUGGGUCGAUCGGGGGGUUUUCCUUUGGGUGUAUCGUUUGUUGCUCGGCAACAGCAGCAGCAACAGCAGCAGCAACAGCAGCAGCCGCAGCAACAGCAACACCAGCUAUCCGGCUCGUCUAGCACCGCCGAGUCAAAUCUAUCCCAUAUGCAAGACUCGUAUCAUUCUUCUCACGGCUUGCCAGCUUCUUAUCAGAUGCAUUCUUCCGGCCAACCGGGUGCAACCGGCUCGCAAAUAUCACUGGGCCUGCGCUCGGGAAGCCCGGCUGUGGUUGGAAGUGGUGGAUUGGGUUCUUACGACCUGAUGCACCAGUAUGAGCACCACCAGCAGCCACACUUCCGGCUGGGUGCUCAUCCUCAACAGCUUACAGCAGUCGGGCAGCCAUCGAGAGAGCUAGGAAUGCGACCAUUACAGGACAUGGACCGCUUUGGGCUUCUAGGCUUGCUGAGUGUAAUAAGAAUGACUGAACCUGACCUCACCACGCUCGCGCUGGGGACUGACUUAACAACUCUAGGACUAAACUUAAACUCGCGGGAGAACCUCUACAAGACUUUUGCUUCUCCUUGGGCCGAAGGACCAGUGAAAGGCGACCCGGAGUUUACUUUGCCUGCGUGCUACAUCCAACAACAAGCUCCCAGACUCCAGCCUGGCAAUUUUGGAAGGUUACCGCAAGAGGUCCUGUUUUACAUCUUUUACAGUAUGCCGAAGGAUGAGGCCCAGCUCUACGCUGCAAACGAGCUAUCAAACAGAGGGUGGUUUUUUCACAAGGCUCAGCAUAUGUGGCUCACGAGGGUGCCGAAUGUGGAGCCGCUAGUGAAAACCAACAAUUACGAGCGUGGGUCUUACAUCUUUUUUGAUCAAAAUAACUGGGAAACCACACGAAAGGAAAACUUUGUCCUUCACUACGAUAUGUUGGAGAAGGCACCGCAGCUCCCACCGCCGCCACCAGCUCAAUCGUGAUGUUGUUAAAGAAAUUUGAUCGAUCGAUCGAGAGCGCGCUCCAGAGCUCUCAGUCUCUCGCUUCUUUUUUUUUUUU